AUGGCAACAGAAGACAGGGAGAUGAUGGAAGCCCGGGGCGCGGGAGAAAGUUGCCCGACCUUCCCCAAGAUGGUGCCUGGUGACUCCAAGUCUGAAGGGAAGCCAAGGGCUUGUCUGGAGGCAGAGUCCCAGAAGCCAGACUACUCCUGUGACCACUUGGAAGAGAUGGAAGCUUGUGAGGAUGGAGGCUGUCCAGGGCCACCUAAAUCGCUGCCCCCCAAGUCCUGCCCUGCCACCAAAGGCCAGGCGGGUGAUGGACCCAAACCCGCAGAGCUGCCCCCAGCCCCUGGGACCGAGCACAAUGCUGAGAUGGACCUGGAGAAGGUGCGCAUGGAGUUUGAGCUCACGCGGCUCAAGUACCUGCACGAGGAGAACGAGCGGCAGCGGCAGCAUGAGGUGGUGAUGGAGCAGCUGCAGAGGGAGGCGUCACCCCACCUGGUGGGUGACAAGGACUCCGCUGUCUUCUCUCCCCUACAGUUCUCAGGAGGCCUCCAGGACCUCCUGCUGCCCCAGAACCAGUUUGCCAUGUUCCUGUACUGCUUCAUCUUCAUUCACAUCAUCUAUGUCACCAAGGAGAUGGUCUUCUUUCUCUUCUCCAAGCACUACCUGUUCUGCAUCGCGACCAUUUUGCUCUGUUUGAUUAAAACUUUCUGGUCAUACUUCCAAGUGCCUUUGCUCUCUCCAUCACUAGGACCCUCACCCCUGCCAUGCUAG